AUGAGUCGAGUCUGUAUUGUUGUUUUGGAGGAGGAGGAAGAUGAUUCUCCCGCAUUUGUUUCCAGUAUACCUCAGGAAAGUAUUUGUUUGCGUCCAUUGCCUCCUGGAAAUGUGCUGCCACCAUUGGUUCAAGCUAUAUUUAAUGGAGACCCUGAUGAAGUUCGAGCAUUAAUAUUUAAGAAAGAAGAUGUUAAUUUUCAGGAUAAUGAGAAAAGGACCCCUUUACAUGCUGCUGCCUAUCUGGGAGAUGCAGAAAUUAUUGAACUACUUAUUUUAUCUGGAGCUAGAGUUAAUGCCAAAGACAGCAAAUGGUUGACUCCUUUACACAGAGCUGUGGCAUCUUGUAGUGAGGAUGCCGUUCAGGUGUUGCUAAAGCAUUCAGCAGAUGUCAAUGCUCGUGAUAAAAACUGGCAGACACCCUUACAUAUAGCAGCUGCAAAUAAAGCUGUGAAAUGUGCCGAAGCUUUGGUGCCUCUUCUAAGUAAUGUAAACGUGUCUGAUCGGGCAGGUAGAACUGCGCUGCACCAUGCAGCCUUCAGUGGACAUGUUGAGAUGGUCAGCUUACUAUUGUCCAGAGGAGCCAAUAUUAAUGCAUUUGACAAGAAAGACAGAAGAGCUAUACACUGGGCAGCAUAUAUGGGUCAUAUCGAAGUUGUGAAAUUACUUGUGGCCCAUGGAGCUGAAGUAACAUGCAAAGACAAGAAAUCAUAUACACCCUUACAUGCUGCAGCAUCUAGUGGGAUGAUCAGUGUAGUCAAAUAUCUUCUCGAUCUUGGAGUUGAUAUGAAUGAACCAAAUGCCUAUGGAAAUACUCCUCUUCAUGUAGCUUGCUACAAUGGACAAGAUGUUGUAGUGAAUGAACUCAUAGACUGUGGUGCUAAUGUAAAUCAAAUGAAUGAAAAGGGGUUUACACCUUUGCACUUUGCUGCUGCAUCAACGCAUGGGGCGCUGUGUUUGGAACUUUUGGUCUGUAAUGGAGCAGAUGUAAAUAUGAAGAGUAAAGAUGGGAAAACACCUUUGCACAUGACAGCAAUCCACGGUAGAUUUUCAAGAUCUCAAACCAUCAUUCAAAAUGGAGCUGAAAUAGACUGUGAAGAUAAGAAUGGAAAUACUCCUUUGCACAUAGCAGCUAGAUAUGGCCAUGAGCUAUUAAUCAACACUCUGAUUACGAGUGGUGCUGACACUGCAAAGCGGGGUAUACAUGGGAUGUUUCCUCUCCAUUUGGCAGCAUUAAGUGGAUUUUCGGACUGCUGCAGAAAGCUCCUUUCAUCAGGUUUUGACAUAGACACAGCAGAUGACUUUGGCAGAACUUGUCUUCAUGCAGCUGCAGCUGGAGGGAAUUUGGAGUGCCUAAAUCUUCUUCUGAACACUGGUGCAGACUUCAACAAAAAGGACAGAUUUGGGAGAACUCCACUCCAUUAUGCUGCUGCCAAUUGUAAUUAUCAGUGCCUGUUUGCCCUUGUGGGAUCUGGAGCUAGUGUGAACGACCUUGAUGAGAGGGGUUGUACACCUCUGCACUAUGCAGCUGCAUCAGACACAGAUGGAAAGUGCCUGGAAUACUUGCUAAGAAAUGAUGCCAAUCCGGGGAUCCGAGACAAACAAGGAUACAAUGCAGUUCAUUAUUCUGCUGCUUAUGGUCAUCGCUUGUGUCUUGAAUUGAUUGCAAGUGAAACGCCUCUGGAUGUUCUAAUGGAAACAUCAGGUACUGACAUGCUGAACGAUUCGGACAACAGAGCGCCUAUAAGUCCACUGCAUUUAGCUGCCUACCAUGGCCACCAUCAAGCUCUGGAAGUGCUGGUACAGUCGCUACUAGACCUUGAUGUGAGGAAUAAUAAUGGAAGGACGCCACUGGAUCUUGCUGCCUUCAAGGGACAUGUCGAAUGUGUAGAUGUGCUCAUUAAUCAGGGAGCAUCAAUCUUGGUGAAAGAUUAUGUUGUAAAGAGAACCCCAAUACAUGCAGCAGCUACAAAUGGUCACUCUGAAUGUUUGCGACUAUUGAUAGGAAAUGCAGAGCCACAGAAUGCAGUGGACAUUCAAGAUGGAAAUGGACAAACUCCUCUGAUGUUGUCAGUUCUCAAUGGGCACACGGACUGUGUAUAUUCACUUCUUAACAAAGGAGCAAAUGUAGAUGCCAAAGAUAAGUGGGGAAGGACAGCAUUACACAGAGGGGCAGUUACUGGGCAUGAGGAAUGUGUAGAAGCACUACUUCAACAUGGUGCUAAGUCCUUAUUACGAGACUGUAGGGGGCGAACCCCUAUACAUUUGUCAGCUGCCUGUGGACAUAUAGGUGUUCUAGGAGCUCUCUUGCAGUCAGCUACAUCUGUGGAUGCAAUACCUGCAAUAGCAGACAAUCAUGGCUAUACAUCACUGCACUGGGCCUGUUAUAAUGGUCAUGACAGUUGUGUAGAGCUCCUCUUGGAACAAGAAGUUUUCCAGAAAAUGGAAGGAAAUUUGUUCAGUCCAUUGCAUUGUGCUGUGAUAAAUGACAAUGAAGGUGCUGCAGAAAUGUUAAUUGAUACAUUAGGUGCUGGUAUUGUAAAUUCAACAGAUUCAAAGGGAAGGACUCCUCUUCACGCAGCAGCUUUUACGGAUCAUGUUGAGUGUCUACAGCUUCUACUCAGUCACAAUGCUCAAGUAAAUGCUGUAGAUGCUUCUGGGAAAACACCUUUAAUGAUGGCUGCAGAAAACGGACAGACGAAUACUGUUGAGGUGCUGGUUAGCAGUGCUAAGGCUGACCUGACUUUGCAAGACAGGUGUAAGAACACAGCACUCCAUCUGGCUUGCAGCAAGGGUCAUGAAACUAGUGCCUUGUUAAUACUGGAGAAGAUUACGGACAGAAACCUCAUCAAUGCCACCAAUGCAGCCUUGCAAACACCUCUGCACGUCGCUGCUCGAAAUGGACUAACAGUUGUAGUUCAAGAACUCUUAGGAAAGGGAGCAAGUGUACUUGCUGUGGAUGAAAAUGGUUACACACCAGCUUUGGCCUGUGCACCCAACAAGGACGUGGCUGAUUGCCUCGCGCUCAUCCUGGCCACGAUGAUGCCUGUUUCAUCAAGCAGCACAUUACCUUCCCUUACAUUCAAUGCCAUUAAUCAUUACACCAACACCUCUAAAACGGUCACCUUCGAUUCCUUGCCAAUCAUGAGGAGUGAUCAUAGCUCUUACUGUACUUUCAACAACAUUGGCAGGGAGGAUGGCUACCCAUAUACAGAAGAAGACGAACUCAAUGACUCAGAUUCUGAGACCUAUUGAACACUGCAUUUUGUAGGGCUCAGGAGUGACCCCCUAACGCAGGAAGGUCGUCACAUUUGUGCUUUUGAAAAAAGCUGUUGGAAUUUGAAUACAAAAAGAGGACAGACCUUUAGAAGACGCUUUUUAUUGUGGUUGCAUAUUAAAAAAAAAAUCCAUGAGACUCUAGAAGGAUUUUUAAGAGCAUAUUUUGCAGAAGAAACAGAAAUUCUUGAAUCAAUUCUUGGAACCCGUGGCAAAAAAAUUAAAGAAUGUCAGAACUGCUUUAUUUAACUGUUCUACCAUUCUGUUUCCGGUGCCGGGAGUAACUUCUGCAGACUGGGCACCCUCCUUGAUGUAAAUGAACGACACUGUUGUACGACACAGAGGAUGCUAGAUUGAAAUAUUGUCAAUAAAACGAAAAUCAUUUUGAAGGCAAUAAAUGCGUUUGGUACAGUAGGCAUUGUUUGUGCUGCAAAUUGCCAAAGGACCAAAUAACUUAAAAGAUUUUUUUUUUUAAUUAAAUACCUUUUUGUGAAAACUGGAAUAGAUUCUUUGAGAAGUUGUUUUAACCAAACCUUGAUUACUUCUGGGAAAGAAGCUUAGAUUUGGUUUUAAGUGUUGAUUUUUUUUGUUGUUGUUUACCAUCUAAAAGCCUUCCGACACUAUUAAAUGUACCAUGAAAGAAAGCAGA